CUUACACGCACAGCAAUGAUGGCGGCCAUCAGUGUUGUUCGAAGCAGUUGCGGACUGAUAAAUGGUUUGAAGGUGUCCUUAAGGAGCGUGGCGCGAGUAAAAUAUGGCGCAGUAUCGGUAACAGUACCGCAGACGAGUCUGCAUCGGUCGUGCCGCUGGUACUCCGCCAGCCACCUGUCCGUUAAAGAGAGGAUUGACCAGAAGCGAGAGGCGGCGCUGCAGGGGGGAGGUCAGCAAAGGAUAGAGGCACAACAUAAAAGGGGUAAGCUGACAGCCAGGGAGCGAGUGCAACUACUGCUUGACCCUGAAUCCUUUGUAGAGACGGACAUGUUUGUGGAACACCGUUGCGCCGACUUCGGCAUGGAGCAGGACAGAAACAAGUUCCCCGGUGACAGCGUUGUGACAGGCCGAGGUAGAAUCAAUGGCAGGCUCGUUUAUGUUUUUAGUCAGGUACAGUGUUCAUUCAUUGUACAGAAAACCUACAUGUGGCAAAGCGUGGCAACUCGAUUUUAUGUGACAUUCUCUUUGUCUUGCACUCUGUGUUUUUUGCAGGACUUCACAGUUUUUGGCGGAAGUCUGUCUGGAGCUCAUGCACAGAAGAUAUGUAAGAUCAUGGACCAGGCCAUGACAGUCGGGGCUCCGGUAAUCGGGCUGAACGACUCUGGAGGAGCUCGGAUCCAGGAAGGAGUGGAAUCUCUGGCUGGAUAUGCAGAUAUAUUCCUGAGGAACGUGAUGGCUUCAGGAGUCAUCCCUCAGAUCUCCCUCAUCAUGGGUCCGUGUGCAGGAGGAGCCGUGUACUCUCCUGCUCUCACAGAUUUCACCUUCAUGGUUAAGGACACGUCAUACCUGUUCAUCACAGGGCCUGAUGUUGUCAAGUCUGUCACCAAUGAAGAUGUGACUCAGGAGGAGCUUGGUGGAGCCAAAACUCAUACCACCGUAUCCGGUGUGGCUCACCGUGCUUUUGAGAAUGAUAUUGAGGCUUUGCUCAACCUGCGAGAGUUUUUCAACUUCCUGCCACUUAGCAAUCAGGAUCCCGCACCUAUCAGGGAGUCCCAUGACUCUAGCGACCGUCUGGUACCAUCAUUGGACAACAUCGUCCCUUUAGAGUCAACUAAAGCCUACGACAUGUUGGACAUAAUUCAUGCAAUAGCAGAUGAGGGGGACUUCUUUGAGAUCAUGCCCAACUACGCCAAAAACAUUGUGGUGGGAUUUGCCCGUAUGAAUGGACGCACUGUGGGCAUUGUGGGUAAUCAGCCCAAAGUAGCUUCAGGCUGUUUGGACAUCAACUCCUCAGUGAAGGGAGCCCGAUUUGUUCGCUUCUGUGAUGCUUUCAACAUUCCCAUCAUCACGUUUGUGGACGUGCCAGGCUUCCUGCCAGGCACAGCUCAGGAGUACGGAGGCAUCAUCCGACAUGGAGCCAAACUGCUUUUUGCUUUUGCAGAGGCCACUGUCCCAAAAAUAACCAUCAUUACCAGAAAGGCGUAUGGAGGAGCCUAUGAUGUGAUGAGCUCAAAACAUUUGAGAGGAGACGUGAACUACGCCUGGCCUACAGCUGAGGUCGCUGUCAUGGGUGCCAAGGGUGCCGUUCAGAUUAUCUUCAGAGGAAAAGAGAACCAGGCAGAAGCAGAGGCUGAAUACGUGGAGAAGUUUGCUAACCCUUUCCCAGCUGCUGUCAGAGGUUUCGUGGAUGACAUCAUCAAGCCAGCGACAACUCGCAAAAAGAUCUGCCAAGAUCUAGAGGUGCUAGCCAGCAAGAAGCAGGUCAAUCCCUGGAAGAAGCACGCCAACAUUCCUCUGUGAAAAUGUUCUCCACACUAACACUAUGGAAAGGCAUUUGUAUUGAAUUUUACAUUUCAAAUGAAAUGGGGUUUUUUGCAGACAGCAGAUCAGCAAACUCAGUUUUCUUUCACCCACCUUUAACGGUACCUCGUGACAUUGGGAACCUGUCUAUUAGAUUUAGUUUACCACUCCACUGAAAGCAGCAAGUGAAGAUCACUCCUGAUUUCUUUUAAGUAUAAUUGAUUUUGUAUUUGGAGGAAAUACUAGAGCACUCGCAACAAAAUCAGGAUGUGUAUCUUUACUACGUUAUAGUUUAUAUUAAAUCCCUAAAAACAUCUGAAAUAAAUGACCCUGUAGUCACACACAGUGGCCAUAUUGGCAACUACUGUUGAUAUGGCUAUCUAAGAGGCCAGAGAUUUAGUGUUAGCAGCAAAUGCAAACAUACUAAAGUUUGUUAUCAUGUGCAAUGUUUUCAGAGUUGUUCAUAUACUAUAUAUCAGUUUUUUACAGUUCGGUGCUUUCAAAAGGCACUUAAAGCAUUUGAUAUCCUCCAUUUAGGUCAAGGAGACGUCCUUACCAACAGGAACUGUGCCUUUUCUCUGUGGCAGGCUCUGUACUGUCAUCUGUAAAAUAAAUCAUGGGCUCAAUA